AUGGUUGCUGUGUCAAGCGCUCUUCCAGCAUCGUACUCAUCAUCAAUGAGCGAUCCACUUCUUGCUAGUCUCGGUCUUGGUUCGAUGGGAAUGGGCGGAAUGGGCGGCAUGGGUGGUAUGGGCGGUAUGAAUGGAAUGUACGGAGGAAUGCCACCACCGAUGCCACCGCCUGGAAUGAGUCCGUAUGGAAUGGGAGGUGGUUAUGGAAUGAUGGGACCAAUGGGAGGAAUGGGAGGCAUGAGUCCAUAUGGAUCCGGAAUGUCACCAUAUGGAAUGGGAGGAAUGGGCGGUUAUGGAUCACAGAUGUCGUUCCCGUUUAUGGGUAAGAAGUAA